AUGAAAUGUUUCUAUAGGCAAAGGAAAAGCAGUAGCAUCGGUGCUAUCUCUAAGAAGAACAAAUCUCAAUUGACUACUCACCUAGCUGCUACCUCUUUCGGCUUGGAUGUCACCCAACCCACCACCCUUAUUGCAUAUGGGGAUGGGGAUUUCAAUUCUUUUUAUGGGAAAGGUGAUGGUGAUAUUUGCUCAAGUGAAUAG